UACGUUCGUUCUUGUGAGGUUUAUUUUGUUGUCUCUCGUAAUGGUACUCAAAUGGUCUAAACUCGGCCAAAUGUCUCGAGUCUUAUCCACGCACGUUAGAGACUGGCCGAAUUGAGCGGAGCAUGCUCAGCUACAGAAGCUCCAUGACCAGAACAGAGUUCAUGGAUUGGAUAGCGACGUCGCUGUGCUCGGUCAUUUUUUGGGCCAGCGAUAAGCCUUGGAAACUCAAUUGGAACAAGACAGAAGAUCAAGACAGGGUCUGCGAUGGUGCGAGAUAACACCGAGCAGGCAUUGUUCGUUAUCUGCGACAUAACAAUCUAACACAGCACCAAGUAAAAAACAUGCAUUUAAUUGUCGCGAUAUGUGUAUUUGAAUCGCAUCACCAACUGUUGUCGAAUUAAUCGCCACACGCCAACACUUACACAAACUCGACAUCGCACAAAGAAUCGUUCUCGAAGCUCCGUGCCUUGUUUCCAUUCCCGCAGAGCCUCCUUUACCCCUGGACCCAUGGCAUCAUAUGCAAAAAUCACCCAUGCUAAUGCGGCUCUGCAACGGCGGAACCAGAUACCGUAUCCACACGGGCCGAACAAAAGAGGCACUCGGCGAUACUCAAUGCGCAUUCCCACUUAUAUGUAGUGGAUGCUAUUCGGACCCGAACGUUUGAGCCGUUCCAUCCCAGGCAACGCAAGGGACAGAGUAAAGUUAACGGAGUGCGGAGCCCGCGCAACAUGGACAUUAGGCAUGCACGGCAAGUGAUCGCGGAGAGGGAAUAAAAGUUAGAGAUCGUGGGUGAUGGAUGACAUGGAGAAGUCCGUUACCUUGGAACGGGGUCUAGAAUAUGGAGGAUGUCGGAAUGUUUUGACAACAACAGUCGACAAAGGCCUGAUCUUGACCAUCUUGUCGGAUGUCCUUUGCAGUCUUUGUUUCGGAGACAGCCAUAGUCUCUUUUACUAUGACAAAGCAGUUGAAAUGCGGUAUACAUGAACCGAGAUUAAUAUCACAUGUGGCCAAAACUAUUGAAGUCUAGACACGAGAUCAAUAUGCACUUGAUCAAAUGACCAACUGCAUCAUUUGACUAGCAGAUUCUUAUUCCGAAAUUUUAUGUACAUAAUUGAGGCUUUUGCUAUGUUAGACCAUUGAACUCUAUGUCUGUUGACGUCGUGCUGAUCCUCACCUCUAAAUCUCUCACCUCAAAACACCUCCAACGUCUCACCAAUCCAACCCUUCUCGAAUCUCUUCAAGUUGCUAAUCCCCUCAAUCUCCAUCCGGGGAUAACCUGCCAGCCAGCAUGCACGCAACCCUCCCCAUCCCACAGGAUAAACGCUCCCCCGGGUCUCUCUCUCGGUCUUACCCACAGGUCGCGUAUCCGCCUCAUCGUCCUCUUUUUUCCUUCCCCAGUCCAGUCCCCUUCAUGGGGUGUGCAGACUUCUCCUGGAGAGCUUAUCGGUCCUUUGGGACAGCGAGACCGCGGGCAAGCGAGGUUUUACAUCCCGCAUCCUCCGCAUUUGUGGGAGAUUUCGCGGGCGGUGGGAAAUUUUUGCUGUUCACAUGAGGGUUUCUAACAUACGAUCUCAGGGCAGGCAUCUAUUUGGAGUUUUCGUAGGUGUUCUGUAUUCAGAAGGUGAGAAGCUAUCAUAUCAUUGCUUCAUCCUUGUAAAUCCAGGCAUAUCAGUCUGAGCAGUAUUGAGGUCUCAUAAGGGCUACCCUGCACAUACGUCCGGAAGAACACUGAGAUAAUGAGAUAAGUGCAAUUCGAAGUAAUUAUGUAGUAGAGGGAUUGAAUGAGGGGUUUUUUUCUUUCAGCGCGUAGGCAUAUGUCGUAGUUCCGCCCAGCCAGACGAUUGGCACGUGAAUUCACAAGUCCAUUUCCGCAUGACAACGCCAAGUCUGAAUCAAGAGCUUGAUCGUCAUAAAUACGGCAAUUGGAAUAUUCAGUUCAGUAUCGUUGUGAAAUCUUAGCUACUUCUAUUUAGCUUGCUGGCUGACCCCAAGCCCCUGAGUUGGGACGGUCUGGAAUGGGUCUUGUUUUUGGAUGCUGUCCAAUCUUUAUGGCCUCAAAGACUACAGAUAAUGAGAAACAUAACUUCCUAAGCCCUAACUGUAUUAUACGUUCAAAAGCGGAUCCACGAUAUAUCCGGAG